CUUAUAUCUAUGAGAAUAAUCAAUCUAGCGGCUCUUCAGAAGCUCGAGGAGACCCGACUUAAGGUCACUGGGUCGUCUUAGCCCGGAGUAAGGAUGCUGGUUUCCGACUCCGGGGUGACUGGGGCCAAUGAGAUCUUCAUCAAAGUGGUCAGUCCCGAAGGUCAGACCUUUACAUCGUACUUCCCCGAAGAAACCCUGAUCGAGGAGGUCAAAAACCGGGCGAUUGACUUCUUCUACCCGACCGGCGAGACAGGAGCUAGUAGAUACAAGAUCGUCCGUGUGUUCGACACUUCUACUCUACAUGACUUCCUUACACUGGCUCAAGAACAGGUGAUGAUGCAAGAAGAACUCCUGCUCGUUGAGAGACGGUUACCUGAGGCUGGGACGCUAUGGGACCUCGGCGCAGUCAGGGCUCCUCAACACGGAACCAUCGCUGCAGCCACUGCGUCACUACCGACACCCACAAGCGCCAUUCGUCAGCCUAACCUCCAAUCUUUGCUAUCUACAAACGAACUGUCAUAUGAAUUGAGGAAGAUUCUCAUUUCUCUGAUCGAAGCCGGAGCCCGACUUGCAGCUGCAGGCAGGAACUAUGAGAUGACGUUAGCGCAACUAACCGCAGCCUUAGAAGAACCACAGAGGCCUCAACCAGCUGUUAUCCAAGUGAUUACUCCUGAAGAAAUAGCAGCAAGACUGAAUAGCAUCAAUGUAGACAUACAAACAACCAUAGAGGAAGCUGUGGAGACUGAUAAAGCUGAAGGGAACGAGCUAUUCCGUCGAGCAGAACAUUUACAAAGGUUUUUGGAGAAAUUCCGUGAAUGGAGGAACAAGAUUGCCGAACCACCUAACCCGGAAGCCAUAGGCGCUUUGAGAGACCUUGGGUUUUCUUACGAAGAGUCAGACAAAGCCUUGCGAUAUACAGGCUGCAAUGUUCCAGCUGCCGCCUCGUAUCUUAUUGGAGAGAGAGGCUCCAGUAUAUUUGAGCUGGUCAACGGUUUACCAGAUGGUCUGAUCUUGCAAACAUUACUGAAACAACCACACAUCCAACGAGGUUUGCUGAAUACGCGUAUGCUGAUUGCUUUCAUAGCUAUGGUCGGCCAGACAGGGAGUGCAUCAUUGUGGCUAAACUCCCCCCACGGGAGUCCGUUACUGUCACAAAUAUCCAGGACUUACCACUCUGAGAAAUACUGUCUAGCUGUGAACCAGUUCUCAGAAGAACGGCGCGAAAAUACUAAUGUGCCGUCUACUUCGCGCCAGAGGAAUUAAUGUGACUUGACUUUGUUAAUUUGUGAUGUCUUUAUUUUGGUUAUUUUGAAUUA